GAGAGGGAGGUGGGAGGGUGCGCGUAUAGAAAGGCAGCGAGCUUGAGAGGGGAGAGGAAAAAAAGAAGAAAAGGAGGAGCGAGGAUGGGUGGAAGGCGCUUCAUGAUGGGGCCGUGAUAUUCUCUCCUCACGGAGGCUGCCCCCCUUUUUUUUAUUAUUAUUAUUAUUUAUUUCCCUCUUCUUUACCAUGGCUUUGUCCGAGCUCAGUGCAGCGUCCCCGGGAGGAACCGCCGGCGCACGGCGCAGCACUCAGCCGGGGAGCCGGAGAUGAAUCAGCCCCAACAAAGAGCCUUUGAGAUGGCAACGUGUGCCUGCGCCUGGAGGGAGGAACGCAUCAGGCUUUCCCAGGCAAGCGGCAGCCUGCAGCGCUCUCUGGCUUGAGAGAGCCAGUCCUUCCUCGUCGCUGUGUGUGUGUGAGUGAGGGAGGGAGAGAAGAAGAGGAGGAGGAGGAGGAGGAGGAGGAUGGAUGGAUCUGCUGUGUGUGGAGCUAUAUGAGCGUGGAUGUAAGGGAGCAAGUGGGUAAUUGUGCUUCCAAUCCUUCCUGGAGGAGCGAGGCUCUUCUUCGUUGGACAGCAAGGGACACGCUGAAGCGGGCAGGCUGCCUCCCUUUCGGGCCUGAGGAUGUUCCGCAAGAAGAAAAAGAAGAGGCCUGAGAUAUCAGCGCCGAAGAACUUUGAGCACCGCGUGCACACCUCGUUCGACGCCAAGCGCGGCUGCUUCGUGGGCCUGCCGACGCAGUGGCAGAGCCUGAUCGAAAACCUGCGGAGGCCCAGACCCAUGGUGGACCCCUCCAGGAUCACGGAGGUGGAGCUGAGGCCAAAAAAGACCAUCGUGCGCGGGAGCAUGGUCGGUCACGGGGAAUACAUCUCCGCCAUGAUCAACGACAUGAGCCGCCUGUCCGUGACCAGCUCCAACUCUUUGCGGAAGAGUAGCCCGUCAGCCAGGAAGAGGGCCCAGUCUCUGGGAAGGCUGGGCGAGGUAAACGAAGGGGACGGCUACCAGUACGAGGGCCUGACCCAGGAGGAGGACGACGACGACGACGACGAGAUGGACGAGGGUCAGGAUCGCUGGAGGGACAAGGGCAGGAACAUUCACAGUGAAACCAACACCCCUUACCUGGGCAUGAAGAAGAGCAUCACUCUGCAGCCCAAUGGAAUAUUGCCAAAAGCCAAAUCAACCUAUGAGGUCGGCGUCAGCUCGGUGGAGGGGCCCUCGCAGCCUCCUCCGCCCCAGAACGUACCAGCACCGAGUCAUGAACCGUACAUGAGCGGAGAGGUGGGGAGUCCUCAAGAAAGGCUGAUAUGGAAGAGAGACUUCCAGCUUCCCAGAGGAAUGCCGCCGAGUCAGAGACCUGUAGCAUGUUUUUACAGCCCUGCCGUGACCCUGCAGCAGCUCCACGGAGAUCAAGGGACCAUUGGAACGGAGCUCCGACCCAAUGUACCCAUGUACAUGCACCCACAGAACAGCCCGGGGAGGCCCUUCUCCUCCUAUGACCUGAAAGCAGAGUCGUCGGUGAGAUACCACUCCGGUUUCCUGCCAACCGGCACCAGCAGUCCUCUUGUAGGAGGCAUUAGACCUCAGCGCAUGGUGCGUUCAUCGGCAAGCUACACUCUAGGCCUGUCUCCCAAUAUUGGGCUGAGGCCAAGUGUGCCAGAGCCCUUCCUUAGGCACUCUGGGUGCCCCAACCCCCCCUACCCACGGCAGGACAGCCCAUCCCAACCUCGGCCCUCACCCACUGGCUCAUUAGCCACCAGUCCUCAUGGAACUUGCUCCCCUGCGUUUAGACCACCUCAACAUCCUGCACCCCGACCGCCUCCUGACCCACCCAAGGUGACGCACGAACAGUUCAAAGCAGCCCUGCAGAUGGUGGUGGACAAGGGCGAUCCGCGGACUUAUCUGGAGAACUUUGUGAAGAUCGGGGAGGGCUCAACGGGGGUGGUGUGCAUCGCUACGGAAAAGCACACUGGAAGGCAAGUCGCUGUGAAGAUGAUGGACCUGCGGCGGCAGCAGAGGAGGGAGUUGCUCUUUAACGAGGUGGUGAUCAUGAGGGACUAUCAGCACAAGAACGUGGUGGAGAUGUUCAAGUCUGCCCUGGUGGAGGAGGAGCUGUGGGUCAUCAUGGAGUACCUGCAAGGGGGGGCACUGACCAACAUCGUGUCUGAAACCAGGCUGAGCGAGGAGCAGAUUGCCACAGUGUGCGAAGCUGUUCUGCAAGCCCUGGCCUAUCUCCAUUCACAGGGCGUCAUUCACAGAGACAUCAAGAGUGACUCUAUCCUACUCACAUUAGAUGGACGGGUGAAGCUGUCAGACUUUGGUUUCUGUGCCCAGAUCAGUAAGGACAUCCCUAAGAGGAAGUCCCUAGUAGGGACACCAUAUUGGAUGGCUCCUGAGGUCAUAUCCAAAUCACCAUAUGGCACCGAGGUUGAUGUCUGGUCGAUGGGUAUCAUGGUGGUGGAGAUGGUCGACGGCGAGCCCCCGUACUUCAGCGAAACGCCCGUUGCAGCAAUGAAGAGGCUCAGAGAUGAGCUGGCUCCGACUGUUCGAAACGUCAGCCAGAUCUCUCCAGUUCUCAAAGACUUCCUGGAUCGCAUGCUGACCCGUGACCCUCUGGAGCGGGCCAGCGCCACUGACUUGCUGGAACACCCCUUCCUGCUCCAGAGCGGUUCGCCUCAGUGUCUGGUCCCACUGGUGGAACAGUACCGGAAACGCAUGUCUCGCUGCUGACCCGUUUGAGCUCAAAGUCCCCCAACGGCCCAACUUCAGCCUGCCCUGUACUGUAACAGGCCUCCCGAAGAGGACUAGCGCCAGGAUCCAGCCCUCCUAAUGGGGCUGAAGGCUUCAGGGAAGCAGACCCGGGCAGCACUCUGCUGCCAGCGUCACGGUGGCUAGUUUGUUGUUUGUCAGGCGCGGCAUGGUCUCGGGCAUGUGAGAAGCACUUUAGGAGUGAGUUAAAGGCAGCAUGCGAGUCCUCACCUCUCAACACAAUUGGCUUCCUGCAACUUUCAGUACGGAUCAACACGGCACAAUGUGGUGCAUGACGCACUGACAGCAGAAGUCCAUCUUUCACUCAAGUUCCAAACAAGUGCUACUCCAAAAACCCUUCACGGUGUUUUUUUUUUUUUUUUUAGUGGGCAUUAAUGCAAAGCUGUGCAAAACUCAUUAGGCUCAAACCACGGUAGCUCAUUAUGAGAGGAUAAAGGUACCUCUGCACACUCACUCUGUUGUGGAAAUUGGACGACGACUCACUCUUUGCAUGGCCAAAUGGAGGCACACCUGGCCUGAUGUGAAUGCUUGAAUAUGUACUGGGGAUGUGAAAGACAAUUCUCCUAUAUUUGCAUAAUAAAUGGGUAAAUAAAAGCCCAGCUGCUAACAUUGGACCACUGGGAACAAAACAGUGCCACUCUCCUCUUUUACUCCUCUUUUACAUAUCUAUUUAUUUAUACAUAUAUAUAUAUAAAUAUUAAAAAAAAGGUGUUGUUGGUUGUUUGUAUGAUGUGAAAUUGCAAAUAUGGUUACACAAUGAAUAAAUAUGGACUCCAAACAUACUCAGACACAUUAAUAAUGUAAAUAGAAAUCCUAAAUACUAGGGUCCUUACCACUGGUAGCUUUGAAUCUUACUUUAAUUUCCUAAAAUGUGAGUGUAUAGUUUUGUAUGUAUGUGUAAAGGAGCAGGUGUGCGUUAGGCAACAUGUCAUUGUUGAUACAAGCCUCUUUGUAUUGUGACGGACGUGACAGAGGGAAAAAAAAAAGAAAAACCCCAAAAUGUGCAGUGAUCCUGAACACCCGUGUGCGUGUGUGUGUGAGAGUGUGUGUGUGAGAGUGGAAGAGGGACUGUUUUGCAUUUGUUUGCCUAGACAAAGCACACAGGCCUGGCAUGUAGUGAUGCAGGACACCUUCCUGCCCAGAAAACACUUUGCACAUAGUCUUUGUAAUCCGACACGGAUACACUGGUUUCGUGUAUUUCUAUGCCUCUGUGGAUCAUUCAUGGCAAAGAGAGCGAUGCGUUUUAAUUUUGUAGAAAUCAAUAAAUGAUGCGUACCGAACCCUAAA